CAUAUGCCUCAAUGCCUGAGGAUUCAUCAAGUUUUCUCAACUGCAGUUUGGGUGAUGAUUAUAAUUUUACAGACGAAUCGACCAGAGAAAUAUUUAAGCAAUUACUCGAUGUAGAACCAUUGACUUCCACAACAACAACAACAGCAACAACGGAUGAGGGUAGGAGCGCUAAUAAAGAAGAGGAGGAGGCGGAAACAAUACAUUCUGAUCGAAGUCUUCGAACGGAUAACGAAAAUCCGUCAGAAGAAGACAAAGCAACUAAAGAAACAGUGGCUGAAAAGACUGCUACAGACAUGAAGGAUGCAGAUAAAGAUGUCCUCAAGGAGGUCAGCAAUCCACAGGAAAGUUAACAAGUUAACAAGUUAACACGAUCAUUUCGUUUGUUUACAAACUGCUGGACAUCGGAUGUUUUCUCAUCGGAAAAGCCCAAAUUCGCCAGUUUACCCACUUUCGGCCAAGCGAAGCAACUCUAGCUCUUUUGAGUCUAUUUUCUUUCUGUUGCGGUGUAAGUUUUUGCACUUUUUGGAAUUUCAAUGGCUUAACCCCGAGCCC